AUGUCAGAAAAAGAGGAACACAAGGAAGGCCCCGUGACGGCUGAGGAUCUGCCCAUGACAUUUCAAGUGAAGUACUUAGGCCAGAGUGACGCACGUGGACUAUGGGGAAUCAAGCACACGAGGAAACCUGUCGACCUCAUGGUGUCUGCAGCUAAGGCAUUACCUCCAGGUCAAGCCCUGCCCAUAGUGAAAUUAAUGAUAGCGCUAGACGGAGUCCACCUGGAACCGGUAUCCCACGGCACAAAAACUGACGAGUUUGACCAAAUGUCGGUCUUCUUCAAUAUCGAGUCGAUAUCCUAUGGAGUACAGGACCUGGUCUACACAAGGGUGUUCUCCAUGAUCAUUGUCAAAGAUACUGCUGAUGUUAAAGGUCUAAAUCCCUUUGAAUGUCAUGGCUUUGUUUGUGAGUCCAGAAAUGCAGCAAGACGUCUGACUUACGCGCUAGCAGCAGCUUUUCAAGAUUAUUCUAGAAGAGUGAAGGCACUGCAGGCCAGCUCUGAAUAUGAGGAGCCAGCUCCCACAAAGAAGAGGUUUGCAAUAGACCUGCGCACUCCAGAAGAAAUAGAGGCAGACUUGGAGACGGAGGCGUAG